AUGACGCGACCGUUACCUGUUCAUGGUGUCGGAGCCAGUCGUCGCGGCAGUGACGGUGCCCUCCCGAGCCGGGCCGCCGGACGGCCAUCGCGAGGCAUCAUGAAUCCCAUUAUUCUUGUUGUCCUUUGGCUCGGCGUCACGGUCACGGCGCAAAAAGACCCGGUCAACAACUUCUGCAGACGUUUUGCACACCAGACGACGGUCAUUGAUAGAAAGCUGUAUAUCGACGGAGGUCUCAUCAACUGGAAUCCUUUACAAAGCUAUCCUAAUAAUUAUACAAAUCCGUACCUACUCUGGCAGGAUCUUGACCACGUUAAUGUCGAUGGUCACAUGCCCAAGUUGUAUGCCAACUUGUCCAAGAACAACUCGAUACCCGAUGUGAGCGGUGGCUAUCUGUGGCCGGACGAGGUCAACAAGAAGUUUUACCUCUUUGGAGGGGAGUACUUUCAAGAACCAGUGGCACCCUCGUUCAUCCUCUAUUCCUACGACGUGCUCAACAACUACUGGGAAUCGCUUGGCCCGGCGCAGCAGGCGAGCAUCAACAGCGUCUCGUUUGGAGCUGGUGCCACCGUACCUGACAAGGGACAAGGCUACUACUACGGCGGAUGGCUGUCCAACAACUCUGUUCCGGGCUGGGGAGGAGGACCGCCAGUGGCAACGACGGGGAUGGUCCGGUAUGACAUGGCCUCCAACUCAUGGACAAACGGCACGGGACCCAACGACAACGUACGGCGAGCGGAAGGAUCGAUGGUCUACAUCCCGGCCGGCGACGGCGGCAUGUUGGUCUACUUUGGUGGUGUGACAGACCCUUGGGGGAAUGGCACAGUGGCUGGCCAGCCGAUGAGCCAGAUAUUGAUCUACGACCUCUUCAGCUCGAAGUGGUACACGCAAAACGCCACGGGAGACGUGCCAGACAUGAGAAGGCGGUUCUGUUCCGGAGUGACCUGGGUGCAGGACCAGUCAAGUUACAACAUAUAUAUCUACGGAGGCGCCUCCCUGCCCCCCUACACGGCCGGCUUCGACGACAUCUACGUCCUCUCCCUCCCGUCCUUCAGCUGGGUCAAGCUCUACCCGACCGACGGCAACUACACGGGCGGGUACCCGCACCACAGCCUGACGUGCAACGUCAUCUCGGGCGCCCAGAUGCUCAUCAUCGGCGGCACCUUCCCGCUGAGCCAGGACUGCGACGCGCCCAACCAGUGGGGCACGCACAACGUCGACCUCGGCGAGCGCAACGCCGAGGGCGUCCCCUGGCAGCUCUUCGACCCCAACAAGACGGCCUACUCGGUGCCGACGCCCGUGCUCGCCGCCAUCGGGGGCUCCGCCGAGGGCGGCGCGACCAAGACGAGCCCGGCGGGCGGGUUCGACAGCCCGGACCUCAAGCUGCUCAUGGGCCGCAAGGCCGCGCUCGCGACCCGCACGCCGACGCGCAAGGUCCCGGACAGCACGGGCACGUCGGCGCCUCCCGCCGCUGGGGGGGACGCCAGCUCGCUCAGCACGGGCGCCAUAGCGGGCAUCGCCGUCGGCGGCGCCGCGGGCCUGGCGCCAGACCGGCGCGGCGACGCUGGUCACCAGCCACCACUCGGGCCAGGGGGCAAUGUGGCCGCCGCUCAGCCCGGGCUCGCACUACGCGCCGAGCAGCGCCAGCCCUCUCUACGCGCCUUCGCCCUUCCUGCCGCGCCGGGGCUCCAUCCCGCACCACCCGCACCCGCCGAUGUCGAUGCCUAUGCCCAUGCCCAUGCCCAUGCCGCCGGCGCCCGCCGAGCUGCCGGACACGCCCGUCGGCGGGGGGCCGGCGGAGAGUUACCCUCCUCGGUACGAAGGCCUCGCGGCGUCGGCGCCGAGGGGAUCGCCCGGGUGCGGGUCCGGGUCGGCGACGGGUACGGGCACGGGCGGCAGCUCGGCGCCGCUGUUCGACGCCGCCGCUGCUACGAUGACCGCGCACCCCAAGAUGGACGACCAGGGCCGGCUGUGGAUGCCGCAGGUCAGCAUGCUGCAGCCGUCUCCCGGCAGCGGCGGUGGUGGCGGUGGGCCGCCGCCGCAGAGGAUGAGCCCGCCCGCUUCCUCCGCCGCGAGGAGCUUUAG